AUGCCUGGGCUUUUACUUGAAGAUAAAAUCACACGAAAAGGCACGAAAACUGACGGAAUGGGCAAUGGGCAAACACGCGUUCGUAGAGUUAUGAAAACCCUAUCCCUGGAUAGAGCCAGUUACCGGCUUCGACAUGGAGAGAGCGAACAGCUUCGGCACUGUUUAAGUCCCCAACAGGUACAGCUCAUUAAGGACACUUGGAACAUUCUAAAGGAAGACUUGGCAUUCAUUGGAGGCUCUAUUUUCAAAGACUUUUUUGAAACUCGACAAGAAAUUAAAAUGUAUUUUCCAAAGAUUGUGCGAAUCAGUGAAUCGAAUCAACUGGAGUGGGACAUCGACAGGAAUAUGUUGCAGCAACACGGUUUGACUGUCAUGCAAGGAAUUGGUGCCGCCGUUGAAAAUCUAGACGACAGUCGUUUCUUGAACGGAAUUCUUUUCACGGUCGGACAGUCACACGUUAACCGCCAUAUCAAACCAAAUAUGCUUAAAAAAUUGUGGCCAAGUAUUAAUCGAUGUUUUCGACGCACAUUGAAGGAGCAUUACACUGAAGAUGCCGAGGAAGCCUGGCAACUGAUCUUCCUCUACAUAUGCGCUCAUAUGAAAAACGGAAUGCAAAACAAAGCAUCAUAA